ACUCUGAAAGAUCUCUCUGUGAAAGGAAAACAUUUUCCGCCUCAUCGUUCAGAUUUCCAAUUCCUACCACCAUAAAGUAUCAGUUGUAUGGAGUAGUUUCUCUCCAAGUCUGAGAAAAUACUUACUUUUCUAAUCAAUUUUUGUUUCUUCCUGACGUUCACGUGAAUAUAAUCCACUUUAGUAGCUCUAAUUGUAUGGGUCUUAGCAGGCUUAUGGCUCUUGAGGAGAGGACAGCUAGCUGGUAUUGGAAAGCUUGGACACGCUUUUGAUGUAACGGGGACAGGAGCUCUGUCUUACACUGGAAAUGUUCAAAAGUGCUAGUGUUAGACUUUGGUAAUGUUAUUUUGGUUGACUGAAGAUUAGUGGGAAGAGAACUGUUGCAGAUGCGAUAGUUCCUUGCUUUGGUGUUUUUGUCGCUAUCCUUAAGUUUUUUAUUUUUUUAAAAAGCAGCUUUGGAAGCUCUAAGGAAAGAGUCAUCACUGAAAAGUUAAUAUAAUUUUACAUACUCGUUGAUUUAUUUUUCUCUGAGCGUAAGAUUGUCCAAACAACACCAGCAAGCCUAGCCAGGAAAUUCUGCAGUGGUUCUGAAGAACUGCUGCUGAUCUGCUCCGGAGCUGCUCUGCUCGCAGGACUGUGGCUCUCUGGGAUUUGCAGACCUGUUCUGUCUUGGUAGGCCAGCUCUUCCUGCAGUGCCAGCGAGUGGCACACGUCUUGGGGAUUGCAGGGGUGCUUACACCUGGCUAGCAGCUGCAACAGGGCUCGCCCUGGGGAACGGUGCCACCGGGUUCAUCCCCUGCUUUUGGGGUGGCCGGAGAAAGGCCUUUGGAGAAGCGGUGGUGAUGGGAAGCUUGAGCCGUGCUUUGAGGGAUCUUGGAGGUGGCGGGAGGCUGGGAGUGGGGGGGGUUCUUGUGUGGAUUUUCACUGUGUUAAUUCCACCUGCAGAGGGUUUCUUUUUGGAAAUAGGUGUGGGGCCUCUUGCUUGUUCUUAUUUGGAGAGUCGUGCAAAAGACCCGGCAGGUAACUGGCAGCAGUCACUGUCCUGCAGCUGCACGGUGACCACUUGCAGGUGCAGGUUCACCACUUCUGCCUUAAAACACUCCGAGAAUCGCUGCGUCAGCCUGCAGUUGUAUUCCUGUGUGCUGUUGUGUUAACGUGAAAAUGGGGUGGGGGCUGCCUUGGUUCUAGGCUUCUCCGCGAAACGUCACGCGAGGAAAGAGACGGCGUAGCCAAACGCAUGGUUUUUUAGUGACUGGGAAGGAAAAUAUAAUAAAGAACUGAGAUGACUGGGCAGUCCCCGAAAUACUGAAUAAUCAUGUUCCUGGCAGUGUGUCAGAGACAACUUCCUCAGUUAUUAAUGUUCUGAGGAAAAUUAAAUAUUUAAUUGCACAAAUACUAGUUUCCUGUUUUUAUAAAGGUGCAGCCCAAAAGGUUUGAUGGAAAGGGUAUAGAAAGGCUUUGAUUUUUGUUAAAAAUACAGAGGCCACGCGCUUGCGUGUUUGUGGAGAUCCAGAAUCUUACGCCUCAUUUCCUCGUAAACUUGCAGAACUUUUGAACGCGCUUCGCAAGUGAUCAGGAAGAAUACUGGGAAUGGAAAUUCUGCCUUUUUUUUUUCCUUAGAGAACUUCUGAUCUGAGCUUAAUGCAAAAUAGCGACAACAAAAAAGAAUUUAAAAAAUGACGAAUGAUGUGUCUUGGCUUGAAAAUCUGUCCCAGAACGAAUGCUGUAGGAGUGCAGAGGAUGCCCGGACACCUGGGUGAACUUUUUUUCCUUUUCAGAGAUCAGCCUCGCAGAAGACAGUUAGAACGCUCUCCUGUAGUGAGCGUUGAGUAAGACAGUGAUGUUUUUGAAGGGUAAAACGUGAAAUCAAGACAUGAUUUUAUUAGGAAACUCUUACCCUCCCUCUGGAGAGCAAAAGGGCUGGCUCACAGUGCUUCUGGAGCUGCUGUCGCGGGCUCCUCAGCCUUCGGUUCCUCAGCACCUGCGGGAAGGCAUGGAUGUGUCCCUGACCGCAGCUCAGAAACGCGGCAGAGGCCAGGUUAGCAAAAAUAAGGGCUUCUUUUGUAGGGUGGUGAAAAUCAUCGGAGGAGAGGAACACAAUCAGAAGGGAAAAUUGUUGCUGGAAGGGGAAGCAGUCACAAUUUGGAGAGGCCUUAGGCUGGUAACAAAAGUUUGAGCAUGUGGCGCAGCUCUGUGCGUGUGCGAGGGCGCUGGCACGAAGCAGCAAGCGCUGUAGGUGGGGGUGAGAGGAAGGCAUGGACUUAGGUAAAUUUUAACGUGGAGCUGCAUAUGGCUUGGUGAAGGUUUAAGCGUUGGCUGUUAUUACUUGUUGACCAUUAGGAACUGCUCGUGGAUGCUGGAUUUGCCUUAAUCCUAAUGGAUAAAGGAUUUCUAACGCAGGAGGAGUAAAAAGAAAUUUAAAACAGGUGCACUCAUCUACGGUCUCUAUGUUGAGUACUUUGUAUACUUCGAGGACAAAUUAUGCACGACAAUCGGGUUAAACUGUGCAGUAUUCCUGCUGUAGCUGUCGGGCUCUGGAGUAAUCCCCUGGAGGUGCUGGGCUACAGCCCUGUGGGAGAGGCUGAAGAGAAAAGGCUCCGUGUGCUCUACCUGCAGGCACGGGUGGACGUGCCGACCAUUUCAGCUCCGUGCUUGAAUCCUCUCGGCAGUCGGAUCCCUCGUGCCCUCCCAGUGCGCCCAUGCUGGCUUCAGGAGUGUGGGGUGGCCGGGGUGCAUCCACCUGGCGGGGAACCUCCAGAGUCCAGCCAGCUCGGUGCAGGCAAUUUUGGGUGCUUGACGUGAGGUGGUUUGGCAGCUGGGUGCUCAGGCUUGAGCCCGUGCGUGCCGCCUCGUCCCGGAGGCUGCCCGGAACAAAACCGCUCCGAGAGCUGGGGCUCUGAGCUGGGAUGAGUUACAGCAAACUUCUGGGAAACGUGCGCUGCCUGGGUGUUGGUACUGGUUUGGUGAACUGUGCGUGGGUGGCAGGGAAGUUUUGAUGUUGUUUCUUUUGUUUUCCCAGUAACUGAUACUUUGCCGUCUCUUCCCACUGCGGGUAAGGCCUGACAGCUGAUAGCCCCUGCCCCUGGCCUCGAGUAAACCUUUUACUUUACCCGAUGCCGCUUCCAGCCGGGCUUCUGCAACCUCCUCUUCGUGCUAGCUGGGACCUAACUUCAUGGGCUUUGUGUGCAGCUUUGUGUGCAGGAUCUCCGAGGUUUACUCCACGGCUACUCGGUGAGCGAAGAAAAGUCCUGAAAUAUCGGUGUUGGAUUGGGCUUAUUCCACUCGGGUGAGACCAAAAAAAUGGAGAGAGAAGGGGGCCCCAAAAGACCCGCUGCCAAUUCGAUGCGUGUUCGCUGCCGUCUGCCCAACAGGAGAGCAAGAGGGAGACCAACUCCGCUUGUAAAUGAAAAACGGUGACUCACUGCUCUUACAGCACUCACGAGAUGCGGAUGUUAACCAAGAUGGUUGCAGGGAAAGAGAGCUCCAUCCCAUUUAAUUGAAUUUGAAUCCCUCCGCAGAAUCCAAAGUCUUUCCGCUGGCAAAUGCCGCCCCGCCACAAUGGAAAUACUCCGAGCCAGGGCAGCCUCAUAAGGACCACAGGCUGGAGCUUGCAACGAAACCAAAGUCGGGCAUUAAAUCAAGAGAAAGAAAAGCUUUUUUUAUUUUUUUUUUUUGAAAGCAGUUACAAGGAGAUGAGAGCAAGGAAACGUUUACUUCAGUCUUUCAGAAUUUCACGUCUGGAAGUUUUCUGCAGACCAGCACAAGCGGCUGCGUAUCAGAGGCCAGGACGGGGAGAGGAAGCCCUGCUGGUACAGAAGUGAGGACGGAGAUGGGUUCUGCCCUAAACCGACAAGUGUGUGUGUGUGAUUACCAAAUGCAGCGUGAAGCCCAGGGCAAAGUUAAGCACAAAACAGCAUUUAAGGGCUUUUGGCCUGUUGAGAGCGCUUGGAUGCUGAACUCUGCGCUGCGCCGCUGGAACCUCAGGCUGCAGCCUGCUCACGUCAUCGCUGCCUGUGGUAUCUCCCACAUCAGCUGGAGCCAGAUAGUUGGAUCCUGUCCCUGGCAUUUUGCUGCGUGUUCUUUGCACUUUACCCAGCAAUUAAUCCGGUUCCUCCUGCAGCUCGUGGGGUUGGGGUUGUGUGCUCCUCCCAUGGCGGAGACGGGGUAGUGGCAGAGCUCCUCGCCCUCUCUGUGCUGGGUGUUACAGGGAGAACUGGGGAUUGGUGACUUCAAAGAGGCUGAUCCAUUACUCACAGUCCAAAUAAUGCGAAGCCAUUUCGACUUUCUGGUUUUGUCCUGCCAUUUCUUGUAAGGACGGCCUCCGCAGAAGGAUUUCUGCCGCAUUCUCCAGCGAUGUUGGUUGAUGACUCUUACUCCAAAGUCAGAAAUUAGAGAAAAGUUUAAAACUGGAGAGAGUGUUACAUGCCAGACUUGCUUGUAUUGCUUCAGUCACUCCUUGUAGCAAGAAAAACUGGUGCUUACGAACCUUGAAAUUCUUAAAGUACAAAUUUGAGUAUUUCAUCAGGAAAAGAGCCCUAAGGAUCUGGGAAGCUAGGACGGGAGAGGACCCGUAGGAACUAGUGUCAGUCUGAGGUUUUUCAUGUGCUUGUGUCAGUUUUCUGGCCUUCCCGUAUGCUGUCUUACAAGCAGAGAAAAGGGUUAAAUUCUCAGUCAGAAAUGGGAGGAUAUUUGCAUAUAAUUGUCUAAUUGGAACCGAAUGGCCCAUCCCUUUGGAAUGGUAUGCUGAGGUGUAGCUGAGAAGGAUGUCUUGGCUGAAACAAUAAGGAAGGCGAUUUCCUGGCUGUUAACUAUUAACAAUGAGCAUUAAAGCAGGCUGGAAGGAAACAAUGCAGGUUAACUGACCCAGAGUGAGAGCAGCUGAGAAGUGUGGGUUUAGGAGUGAGGGAAAAUUCACCAGCGUGGCACUGAAGUAAGGUCUUGCUGGCCUGAGGAUUGGCUUUUUUUUUUUAUUUUUUAUUUUUUAUUUUUAUUUGAAAGGUAUAUAAAAUUUUGUAAAACCAGCCAGAGGUCUUGCUGGCUUUAAUUAUUGUUGUCUCCUCUCCCCUUCUCUACAAGGAUAAAUCCUCACUUCAGGUUCGUCUCGGUACCUCCAGUGAAGUAACGUUAAGCAGAGGGGCUAAAUACUGGUUCAUGUUAACUGGACUGGGGACUUGAUGAAGAGUUCCUCCUUCAGAGCACCCACUGGAAUUAACCUGCAGCGUUCAGCCUUUGCAACGCCUGCUGUAAAUUUUUCAGUGCUCUAAGCAGAAUAUUCACUAGUCUUGUGCUGCUACUGCGUUUGUUUAGGUGUAAAAUACUGUGGAGGAGGAAGAAAGUUGGAGGACGUUUGCAAACUGCAGUAACAAAUGCUAAGGUGUUGUUCGUGAUCGCAGCCUGCUUUCCGGGGGUAACGGCGGUGCUGUUCUCCUGCCGGUGCAGCUGUCGGUCUGCGGUUACAAGCAGCCCAGGGCUGCGGAGGGACUUCUCACUGGGGUGUUGAUACGUUCCUCAGGAGUGCUUGUACAUCUUCGUGGUUUGGGCCAUUGCUAGGACCAGCAAUGGCUUCAGGGAUUUGGCCGAGGAAAUGCUCGUUACUGGUUGAACGUAACGAGUAAUGAAGUCUUUCUGUCUUCAGUGUGUGCUCUCUGCUUCAGUCCAGUGUCGUUUGUGAUAGUGUCAAGGCCCCAGUUUCCUCCUUCAGUGACCUGUCAAUCAGAGCUACACUAGUGGAAUUAUUUAGAGAUGAUUAUGUUUCCCUAAUAACUAAGUAUAAAUUCGUAUAAGUAAGUAUUUGAAGUGAUAACACCUGCUGUAAGCCCUGUCCCACAUGAGAUACGUCGACCAUCUGUAAAAUUCUGCUGCUACCAGUCCUGGAUAGAUUGCUGUUUGGGAAGAGGUGCUGCAUUUUCUAAUGAUCACAGAGGCCUUGUUAAAGGAGAGAGAUAAACAAGCAAAAUGGAAUGGGAUUCCCUUACUGUUGCAAAAGCUGUACGAGCAUAGCCACCCAAACAGCGACUUCUCCCAGUGCCAAAGCAUCUUAAAGGAAAUUUCUCCACUUCUCUCGAUGGAAGCCAUGGCAUUUGUUACAGAAGAUAGAAAAGCUGCUCAAGAGUCCACUUUCCCAAAUACGUACACCUUUGACUUGUUUGGAGGAGUUGAUCUUUUAGUAGAAAUUCUCAUGAGACCAACCCUUAUGACACAAAAGAAGAAACAAAAAAUAAGCGAUGACCUCAUCAAGGACUGUUUAAGCAUACUGUACAACACGUGUAUAUGUACGGAAGGAGUCACAAGGCGACUGGCAGAAAGAAAUGACUUUGUGCUGUUCCUGUUUACGCUGAUGACAAACAAAAAGACAUUCCUGCAAACUGCAACACUCAUUGAAGAUAUCUUGGGAGUAAAAAAGGAAAUGAUACAACUGGAUGAUAUACCCAAUCUUGCAAGCCUUGUGUCUAGUUUCGAUCAGCAGCAGCUUGCAAAUUUCUGCAGGAUCCUCGCCGUCACAAUUUCUGAACUUGACACAGGAAGUGAUGACAAGCACACGCUGCUUGCCAAAAAUGCUCAGCAGAAAAAAAACUUGGGACCGUCUCGAGCUGAAGUUAAUCAAGCUACGCUUCUGAAUAUUCCAGGCUUCAUUGAGCGAUUAUGCAAACUGGCAACACGGAAGGUAUCUGAAACAACGGGUACUUCUAGCUUCCUGCAGGAGUUAGAAGAAUGGUAUACCUGGCUGGACAAUGCGCUUGUGCUUGAUGCACUGAUGAGAGUGGCAAAUGAAGAGGCAGAGCAGAGCAGUACAGAGUCUUCUGAUGAAAGCGGAUUGGCCAACACCUCAACACGAACACAGCUUCCACAGUCUAUGAAGAUCAUGCACGAGAUUAUGUAUAAGCUGGAGGUGUUGUAUGUUCUCUGUGUGUUGCUUAUGGGGAGACAAAGGAAUCAGGUUCAUAAAAUGAUAGCGGAGUUCAGACUGAUUCCUGGCCUCAAUAAUUUGUUUGACAAACUGAUCUGGAGGAAGCAUUCAGCAUCAGCUCUUGUUCUGCAUGGACACAAUCAAAAUUGUGACUGUAGCCCAGACAUUACUUUAAAGAUACAGUUCUUGAGGCUUCUUCAGAGCUUUAGUGAUCACCAUGAGAACAAAUAUCUCCUUUUAAACAGUCAAGAACUUAAUGAGCUGAGUGCUAUCUCCCAUAAAGCCAACAUCCCUGAAGUUGAUGCAGUUGUCAACACCGACAGGAGUCUUGUCUGUGAUGGGAAAAGAGGUUUGUUGACCAGACUUCUUCAGGUCAUGAAGAAGGAACCAGCUGAAUCCUCCUUCAGGUUUUGGCAGGCAAGGGCAGUUGAAAGUUUUUUGCGAGGCACCACCUCCUAUGCAGACCAGAUGUUUCUGCUAAAGAGAGGACUUCUGGAGCAUAUUCUCUACUGCAUUGUUGAUAGUGAGUGCAAAUCACGGGAUGUGCUUCAGAGUUACUUUGACCUUCUGGGAGAACUGAUGAAAUUCAAUAUUGAUGCAUUCAAGAGGUUCAACAAGUACAUCAACACAGAUGAGAAGUUCCAGAUAUUUUUGAAUCAGAUCAACAGUUCAUUGGUUGACUCGAACAUGCUGGUUCGCUGCAUUACACUGUCCCUGGACCGAUUUGAGAAUCAGUCUGAUGCUAAAGUUGCAGAAGUCCUAUCAGAGUGCCGCCUGUUAUCAUAUAUGUCCCAGAUGUCCAUGAGAAUGUCCUUUCUUUUCCGUCUCAUUAAUAUUAUUCAUGUACAGACACUUACACAGGAAAACGUCAGUUGUUUGAACACAAGUUUAGUUAUCCUAAUGCUGGCCCGAAGGAAAGAAAAGCUACCUUUUUAUCUGCGCACUUUGCAACAGAUGGAAUACACAGAAAAAUAUCCAGGUUUCAUCCUGAACAACUUCCAUAGUCUUCUGCGAUUCUGGCAACAGCAUUACCUCAACAAGGAUAAAGACAGCACCUGCUUAGAAAAUAGCUCAUGUAUUAGUUUUACCUACUGGAAAGAGACUGUAUCUAUACUGCUCAGUCCGGACCGGACAUCCCCCUGUGCCAUAGUUAGCUACAUCGACGAGGCAUAUAUGGACAUUGACAGAGACUUUUCUGAGGAGUAAUUCUUCACUCUGGCUUCUGAUGGACAGCGCUUGGAGGGUACCUCGCAGCCCGUGGAUUUUCAGGGAUACGCUGUGUAGUGUGUGUGUGCGCGUGUGCGGCUUGGAACCGCUGACCGUUACUGCAUUGUCAAAACCCCGGUCCCCAUCUCUGAUCUCUAACGGAUGAGACUUUGAGAGCUCUCUGGGCAACACAUUCAGGGAUGUAUCUUCCAGUUGUUCUGGGAUAAAAAAUAAUCACCCGCAAAAACUGAUCUUUUUUUUUUCCCUCCUCCCACCCCCCGCCCCAUUAAAUGUGGCUGGUCAGAGCUCUUUGUGCUGACGGACGAGGAUUCUCUGUACGUGCCAACUCAGUGAUGGCUCCUUUUUACGGCUACCAGGACUAGCAAGUCACAAAGCACAGAAAUUGCCCUCCAAACGUGAGGUCCAAGGAGCCAGUCUGCUUGGGACCCUGACACACCAGCCACAUGCAGAGCCACCACGAGGACUCCCUCCAGGUGCACCUCUUCUGUUGGGGUUUGGAAUCGGGGGUUUAGGGUUGGUUAGUGUGUGUGUGUGUGUGUGCAUGUGCGCGCGCGUGUGUGCGCUUUUAAUUCCUGAGAGCCCUAGCUCCAGUCACCUCUUUCUCAUCUACUUUUGGAUCAUUUGGUACUAAAUCUGUUCAGCCGCUGUCUAUGUGUUAGGAGAGAACCUCUGCUCCUGCUGUCUUUCCUGCAGAUCCUUCCUCUCUGAAGGUGUUUCACAACGGUGCAGAGAACAGAGACAUUUCAGCAGUGGUGGAAUUGCAACAGGAGUUGGCUUUUUCACAGAGCACUAGCAUUAAAAUAUACUAAUUUUUUUAAACUUGGGGCUUGUCCCUUCUUGGAUAACUAAUUGGGUUUUAAAAUACUUUUCAGGACCAUUGUUCUUAGUGCUAACCUGCUAUGCCUGGAAGUCUUAUGUCAGUCUGCUUUCAGCCCUUAAUAUCAACACACACACAUUAAUCUUGAAGUGCAAUAUUUAUUGGAAAUGUCAGUUUUUCCUGGAUCUGUUUUAAUGAGAAUGUGUUAAAUGCUGGGAAUAAACACUCCUAGUUGAAAGUAACUUUGCAGGAUGUGUUGGGAAAGGGAGAAAGCAGGUUUUGGCGGUCACGAUUGCCAGACCUGUGCACACCCUGCCUGCUCACCAUCGUGUUGCUCCAAGACAGUCACAUUCCCAGGAAUGAAAUACAGCCUGAAGUCCUGAGCCACUGCAUUUAAGUCAAAACGUAUGAAUCUUGCAGCUCCAGCUAAAAGGAAGCCGGUUUUCUUUUUGAAACAUGCAUCUGAAUUUUUUAAAAUAUCUGUUAUUUGAUGAGGCAAUUUGGCUUCAGCUCUCUCUAGGGUGGUCCUGAGCUGUAGCAUUUUGUCUCUAAUCCUUGUCCCGGAAUGAAACCCCCUCUGAGGGGUCCCUGUGGUGGGGCCUGGAUGAGCGGAUGAGGUUUCCAGCCCCCAGUGCAGGACUUGCUCUCCAGCAGUCACCCCUCUCCUCUUGCUUAUCUCACGCUUCGUGUCCUGCUGCGGACCUGCGGUCAGAACUCUGCUUGCAGGGUGCUCAGAGCUGCUGAGCUGGCAUAAGCCUGGAGCCUCGCGGGAGCCCCUGGGGAGCCUUCGGAGUCCUGGGGCUGAGUCCCUGGGGCAGGCUCUGCCCAGCUCUGGUGAGGGUCCCCAGUCACCCCCCUUGUGUUGGGACCUCUUCCAAUGGCAGCUGCACCUCCCUGCUCUUCAUCAGGUCACCCCCAGCCUGUCCCCUCCCUCCCCCCAGCUAAUUUCUUUCUCAUCUGUACUUUUUUGUUCUUGGGUAUUUGUGUUUUUGGUGUAUCUUUGCUUCUUCUUAACUGUAAUAGAUGUACACUUAAAAUAAAUGCUUCAAAUUAAAAGGCUUUUAAGUUAAGGGAUGCCUUUUCCAUAGUCUAGUUAAUUGGUGCAUCCAGUGAUUGCUGCUAUAAACCUGCAGAGUCUCAUUUACAUCUCUGUAUUUAUGUAACGUACCGUUAAGCGCCAAGCUGUGUCUGUCCUUGGCUAUGGGCCCGCGAGAGGCUGAGCUGGAAAGACCCCAGCCUGCCUUCUAGCUCAUGGAUCCCUCCUCCCCAGCAUGGGAGCACGGCCAUUUACACUUGGUCCUGCAUUUUGGGUCCUCGCCUGCUAGAGGCAGCUUGGCUUUGCUUUCACCUUCAGGCUUGCGCAGGAGGCUGAGCUGGCUGCCUGCAGGUGGCAUGGGCAGGGAAACCACGGCGGCUCCUCCAGGGAGGGAGCGCGCUGGGCUCCGCGGAAAGUCUCUGCCCACUGAGGGCACGGCCAUGAGCACGCUGAGAGUCUGCUGCUGCGAGCUCAUGUGUCCACGCCUGGUACCUUAAGCAGCUCUUCUGAGAGGGACCAGACCCCUCCGUCCUUGUUGUGUCUUAUUUACGGAGAGCACAGGGAGGAAGGGUCCGGGGGGCACUCGCUGAUCCCAGCCGAGGUGGCAGCAGCUCUGCACAGGGACGGGGUGGAGGUGGGACCCUUGUCACUAACCUACAGCUGGAAGUCUGCACUAUCCCCACGGAUCACUGAGGUGCGUGCUGCCCAGAUAAAUGCCAAUUUACUAACUGCAAAUAAACAUAUUAAAUGGAAACUUAUUAAAGAAAUUUAUUUUAAAGAAACAA